AUGGCGGGUCCGGUCGAUCUCCCGCCUCUCCAGACCCGCUGGCAGGAUGUCAGUACCAUCCCCACAACGCAUUUUCAACAGACGAUGCUGGCUGUGAUGUACCUCGUCGCAGCCGUUGCCUACCUCACGUAUGGCUUGCGGAUGUACAGCAGGAUUUCCUCCAAGCAAACGGGGCUCGAAGAUUGGCUGAUGUCUGCAGCUACGGUCCUAUCAAUUGCCUUCAUGCCUGUCACGUAUUUCUACUUCAAGUAUACAUAUGCGGGCUUCCCUGUCUCCGAGGUACCGAAGACUUUCGACCCAACACCGGCAUUGUUUUGGACGUGGGUUGUCGGUUUGUUAUACAACCCCAUCUUAGCUUUGGUGAAGUCAUCAGCUUUGGUUUUCAUGUUGAGAAUCGCGGGGCACAAGAUUGGAAUUAGGUGGGCGAUAUAUAUCAUCAACACCAUCAACAUCUGUCUCAUGAUAUCUACCUUUCUCGUCGUCAUCUUUCAGACCAUCCCGAUCGCCGCUUACUGGGACAAGACCUUGCCAGUCCAGCGCAGCAUAGAUGCUGCAUCAUUCGGAAUGUCUACUUUCAUCAUGACGAUAGUGACUGAUGUUCUCGUCUUGGCGAUACCGAUAUGGGCGUUCAUAGGGAUGAAGGUCAGCCUUGCAACAAGGAUCGGAGUCAUCAUGAUCUUUCUUACUAGCGGGUUCGUCACGAUAAUCGGAAUCCUGAGGGUUAUCGCAUUCUCCCACUUCUUCUGGACCCCCGGCUACGACUUCGCAAACACAUGGGGUCCAAGCUACAGCGCAAUCGAGAUCAACCUUGCCAUCACGGCGGCGUGCGUACCAGCCCUGCGCCCGUCGUUGCGGAAGUGGUUCCCCCAGUUCUUCCGCAACUCUAGCAGUAAGCAGUCUGGUCCUUACCAGAAGCAGCGCUACUACGGAGAGGGGAGGAGUGCAAAUUCAAGGAGCAUCCAGAUGCAGAGCAUGGGCCAAACGCGAGCCGAGGGCCGAAUCGCCCUCAGAAAGCCAAGAGGAGAUUUUCAAAUCUAA